AAAAUGUGACAAAGGUUUCACUCGCAAAUCACACCUUGAAAUGCAUAAGAUAAUCCACACUGGAGAGAAACCAUACAAAUGUGUGGUUUGUCAUAAGGCUUUUGCAUGUAAUUCAUACCUGGCAAAACACACUAGAAUUCACACUGGAGAGAAAACUUGCAAGUGUAAUGAAUGUGGCAAGACCUUCAAUCAUAUGUCAUCCCUUACAUGCCAUCUUAGACUUCAUACUGGAGAGACACCUUACAAGUGUAAUGAGUGUGGCAAGAAAUUCCAUCACGUGGCAUCCCUUGCAUACCAUCGUAGACUUCAUACUGGAGAGAAACGUUACAAGUGUCAUGAGUGUGGCAAGAAAUUCCAUCACGUGUCAUCCCUUACAUACCAUCAUAGUAGACUUCAUACUGGAGAGAAACCUUACAAGUGUCAUGAGUGUGGCAAGAACUUCAAUCAGAAGUCAUCCCUUAUACGCCAUCGUAGACUUCAUACUGGAGAGACACCUCACAAAUGUGAAAAAUGUGACAAAGGUUUCACUCGCAAAUCACACCUUGAAAGGCAUAAGAUAAUCCACACUGGAGAGAAACCAUACAAAUGUACGGUUUGUGAUAAGGCUUUUGCAUGUAAUUCAUACCUGGCAAAACAUGCUAGAAUUCACACUGGAGAGAAACCUUACAAAUGUAAUGAGUGUGGCAAGACCUUCAGUCAUAUGUCAUCCCUUACAUGCCAUCGUAGACUUCAUACUGGAGGGAAACCUUACAAGUGUAAUGAGUGUGGCAAGACCUUCAUUCGAAAGUCACACCUUACAUACCAUCAUAGACUUCAUACUGGAGAGACCUUACAAAUGUAAGCUUUGUGGCAACGCUUUCUAGCAUGAUUCACACCUGGUACCAAAUACUAGGAUUCACACUGGAGACCAUCCUUACAACGGUAAUGAGUGUCCAGGACUGUCAGUAGUAAUUCAUCACCUGUAAUUGACAACCUCUCACGCCUGCCUUGUACAACACCUAUCCCCCUCUCCAAUGUGAAGACCCAGUGUGCCUCCCCAGCAUCUUCCUCUGCAGCAGGUAGAUAAAUGUAUGUUUAGGUGCAAACUGAAGGAGAGUGUGUAUCUGCGCAUUCCUAAACCCAGAAAUCUCAGUUUCCAUUGACCAAGAAGUUAAAGUGGUUCUAAAUCCUCACUACUACUGGUCCAAAUCAGCUGCGUUACUUCCCCUCUUAGUAGGAACUGGAACAGCAGCCAGGAUAGGGACCACAAUAGGAGGCAUUGGCACUUCAGCCCAUUUCUGUCAUAAACUGUCCUGGGAACUCAAUGAUGACAUGGAAAGGGUGGCCAAUUCCCUGGCCUCCCUCCAGAAGCAGUUAAAUUCCCUAGCCACAGUAGUCCUACAAAAUGCAGAGCCUUGGGCUUCUGGCUCAGAAGGUAGUUUCCUGCCUCUUCUACAGGAAGAGUGUUGCUACUGUGUUAAUCAGUCAGGAGUAGUAACAGGAAGUUAAAGAGCUAAGGGACCGCGUUCAAAGGCGGCGCACAGUCAGCAGCUGGAGCUUCCCAGGGCUCCGAACCUGGAUCCACUGGGCUCUUCCCCUCCUUGGGCCUUCACUAGUAAUCUUUUUGGCCCUUACCUUUAGUCCCUCUGUGAUUAACAUACUCCAGUGCUUCACGGAAGCCACGGUUGUCAGACAACUGCCCAGUUGCUAGCCUUUUGGGGAUACAAGCCCCUGAGCACAGAUGUUGACUUGUAAAAGGUGAUACUCCACAUGUAACAUAAAGAGCAUCAAAGGGGUGGAUAAGAUGGAAGGCCUGUGAGGAAAAUUUCCUGAGUGUCUAAAAUAGCUGCCUCAGCUACCUUAUCUGCUUUUGUUCUUCUAUACAUCUGCUUCCUGCUUACUAGCGAAAGUCCCCCUGCACAAUUGCUCCAUUGCCUGAAAAUCGUGAGUUACUUCCCUUGCCCCUAACCUGUAAGAACUGUGUACUCACUUAGACCCGGGUCCAGACUUUUGGGUGCUCACCUGUCUGGGCCUGCUGGUGUAAUAAACUGUUGUCCUCUGA